UCAGCUCAGCAGUGGGAAGUGGAAACAACGCACUGCUUGUCUUCGUUAGGUAUGGCGUCGUUCCCGACGUCACUUGCGAUUCUCCUGCUAUUAGGAGCCGGUCCCUGGCGAGCCGAAUGUGCCUGCAUAGACCGCACCAGCGACACCGGUACGUACUCGAGACUCCUCCUGGAAAACAAGAAGGUGAUUUGGUGGUGCACGGAUGGUACCCGGAGGUUCCCUGGGGGGCAGCGCAUUCACGAGUCCAACUGCAUCGAAGGGGAAGCUUUCAUCGAUGAUACCCAGCUGUGCACUGCUCAGAGUCCUGCCGCCGCCGAUGAUACCUGCGACUACAAUGCCUUCGCUGAUCCUCCAAACGCCCGCAGACUGACCAUCAGUGACAAGCCUCGUUACGUCAAAUAUUACGUCUGUUUCCCAAAUUACGCAUGGCUCUCUGGCCGGACAGGUCGCUUCACCCAGUGCAUUGGUGGGUCAUGGACGGCCAUCAUGGAUCAGUGCGUCGACGCAUGCGACCCUCCCAGGGACUGCUCAGACAUCGCCAAGAUGGGUUUCAACACAUCGGACGUGUACAGGAUCACGCCUUCGGGAAGGAUGAACGGCGUCCCGGUGGACGUUUAUUGCACGCUGUCUACCAACAACACAGACAACAAUGGCUGGACCACAGCGAUGACUCUGGGCAGUGGCCUGCAGAGUGGUGGCUCACCAGUUUCUACAGGUGGAGGGAUUCCAGGUCCUCCGGGCAGCAACAGAUUCUUCAUAGGAAUUCAGCAUCUCUCUGCCUUGACUUGGAAUGAUACGGCCCAGAGACCUUUGGUAUUCAAGUUUGUUCUGCAGACGGCAUCCAGCAAGUCUUUCACUGUUUACUAUGAUGGUGUCGUCAUUGAUAUGAAUACUAACACAUACACCCUGCGUAACCUGGGUAGCUACCACGGAACUCCGGGUGACGCCUUUCGAUCCAGCUUGGGCAAGGAUUUCCCGUCGAGCCCCGGUUCUGUGUGGUGGAAUGCUAACAUUGGGGAGCAGAAAGCAAGUCUCAAUCUGAAAGUUUGGUUCUUGUAGCAUAAGUAAAAG